GCACCAGGCUCGGUGUACAACACUAACUGGCUAUCGUAAGAAAGAGGCAGGAAACAAACGAAGCGUAGCGCUAUUGCUUAUUUUUUGCGUAAAACAUUGCAAUUAACUUGCACCUCGUACUAAAUUCUUGUCAACUACAAGAGGCUCCUACAGCGAACGUCCAACGUUGGGUGGAAAGAGGCAACCAAAACCAAAUUUCCAGUGCAGGUGCAGUCUCGGAUUGAUUCAUUAUAGUUGUGUCAAAAAGACUCUGCGGAAAUGUCGCACACAAUAUUGUUGGUGCAGCCGGGCUUGCGUCCCGAAACUCGCACCUAUUGCGAUUAUGAGAGCGUCAAUGAGUGCAUGGAGGGCGUCUGUAAGAUCUAUGAGGAGCAUCUGAAGCGUCGCAAUCCAAACACACCGACCAUUACCUAUGAUAUUAGCCAAUUGUUUGACUUCAUCGACACCCUCAUGGACAUCAGCUGCAUGGUGUACCAGAAGUCGACCAACACCUAUGCUCCCUACAACAAGGACUGGAUCAAGGAGAAGAUCUAUGUGCUGCUACGCCAGGCGGCGUUCAGUCCCAACGCAUAAGCACCUGUACUCACAUCACAGUUGAGCGAAAUGGGCAGCUGAAGGACUUCGUAAAACCAAAUAAACGUGCACGGCAUGGAGAUAAUUAACAGCAACAGCAACAACUACAACACACUUCAAACACUGAGCAUUUUCUUCGUGCGGCGCAGCUGUUUAUUUUUUUUUUAAUUUUAAAUAAAUAUAUUUUUUCUCUUGUCAUUAAAGAAUUAGUAAAUAAGUUGUGUACAAAAAAAAAGAAGAAAAAGAAA